CUCUUAAUUAACAAUCAGCUACUCGCAGCCGUACACAUGAUGCGCCUCUCUCCCGCUGUGUGGGCAAUCAUUGCCCUGCUGGCAUGGGUCACCAUGUCGUUUGCUACCCCCACGCCUAACCAAGGCGUGAAUUUUCGUCGCCCAAACUACAAGAUUGCACCCAUGGUGUUCAUAAUCAACAUGGUAAGCCAUUGCCCUCUUCCACUCGACGCUCAGCAGAACAGACCUGCCUGUAUUAGCACCUCGUAUGAUUGAUUUUUCCCAAACAACUAACCCGCGUUGUUGCAGUUCUUUCCAGAGGCCCAAGUGUGGUAUGACAACAUGCCGAAGACUGACUUUGGAUAUUUCUAUGCCCUCAACAUCACUGUGCCUGGAUUGUCCGUGCUCUAUCCCAACGUCUACUGCGUGGCCGAUCACCGGAUUUGUCAAGUCAUUACCGGCGAAUCAGAAAUCAACGCGGCUACAACCAUCACCGCUCUUGUGCUGUCCGGCAAAUUCAACCUAGAGUCGACAUACUUCUUGAUCAGCGGCAUUGCCGGCGUGAACCCCAAGCAGUCCACGCUGGGUGGUGUUGCUCUGGCCAAGUAUGCUGUUCAAGUUGCGCUCCAGUACGAGUUUGACAGCCGAGAGAUUCCCGGCAACUAUCCAAACGGCUACGUCCCCUUCGGAACGACCGCACCAGACCAGCCUCCUACUAUCUACUAUGGUACCGAGGUCUUUGAGCUCAACGAGGCGUUGCGUGACUGCGCUUUCCAGUUCGCGCUCAACGCAUACUUGUCUGACAACCCCGAAGCCGCCGCAUACCGGGCAAAGUACAAGACUGGGAGCGACGUCGAGUCUGCUGCCGUCUAUCCUCCUUCUGUCGUCAGGUGUGACACUGCCACGAGCGACGUCUACUACUCUGGCAAUCUGCUCAGCGGUGCGUUUGAGAAUAUCACCACCAGCUGGACAAAUGGCAGCGGAGUCUAUUGCAUGACGGCUCAAGAAGACAACGCCACUCUGGAAGUCCUCCUGCGCAUGGCCAUAGCUGGCCUGGUUGAUUUUGGGCGUGUCAUCGUGAUGCGAUCUGGCUCCGACUUUGAUCGGCCUCCUCCGGGCAUCACCGCAUAUGACCACCUAUUUACCGUCGACCAGAACGGGUUCUCGAUUGCGCUCCGGAACCUCUUUGCGGUCGGCAUCGAGAUCGUCAACGGGAUCGUUGGUCAGUGGAACGGCACAUUCGCUUCCGGCAUCAACGCAACAAACUAUAUCGGCGACGUCUUUGGCAGUCUCGGUGGCACUCCAGACUUUGGUCCUGGAGAUAGCAUGGGCACCACUACGUCAGCGCGUAGAGCGUUGCAGAAAGUCAACCGCUUCCGCAAGGCUUUGUAA